CUAAACAAUGAUCCAUCUAUAUUUCAGUAUCAAAUGAUUGGCUUUGCUCAGUCCGCUUUAAAUCAAACUCAAGUAGAGAUCCGAUUGUCCUGUGUUGAAGAAAAUGUUGAUAUGGUUUUUCAGGUAGAAUAUGCCCUUCGCUCUUCACCAUGUGACAAGGAGUUUUUUGACGCAAAGCGAGCAGAUAAUCUCAGGAAGCUCUUGGAUUCACAUGGCUCUAUAAUCUUCUCGGAACCUGAUCCUCAUCCAAUGACUGUCAAAAAUGUUACAAUUCUCUAUUUAUACUUGUAUAUCCACCUCUUUCAAAACUGUCGUUUUAGCUCAUGGAACCCAGCGCAGACUAUACCUGCAGAUGGAAUUUAUUUUCUAGUAAUGAAGAUUAUUGGAGUCUCAUAUCCUUCAUCUUCACCAUCUGAGGAGCACAAUAUUACUAUAACGGUGAAAUGGAAGCAACCGCAUGGGUUCCUCAGCGCCAUCGACUAUCCUCUACUUCGAUUUUACGUUUUGAUGUGUGUUUUCUAUGGUACCCUUGCUAUUAUAUGGAUGAUCCUCUGUAUCAAAUAUUACAAGGAUAUUUUGAGGAUACAAUAUUGGAUAGGAGCUGUUAUAAUCCUUGGCAUGAUCGAGAAAGCUUUUUUCUUGGCUGAAUAUUCAACGAUGAAUACUACUGGGAGGAGCGUUGAAGGAAUUUUGGAGCUUGCGGAGCUGGUUUCUUGUGCAAAGAGAACUAUGUCGCGAGUUUUGGUCAUUAUCGUUUCGGUCGGUUAUGGUGUAGUGAAACCUCGUCUUGGAAAUACCCUCAGUCAGGUUGCUGGCGUUGGAUUAGUGUACUUCGUUUUCUGCGCCAUUGAAGGACUAGCUCGAGUAUCUAAGAAUCAUGUUGAAGCUGCUAAGCAGAAGCAGUUUGCUGCACUUCCGUUGGUCAUUACGGAAAUGGUCAUUUUCUACUGGAUUUUCACUUCACUUGGCGCGACUAUGAGAACGCUGAAGCUAAGGAGGAAUGAGGUUAAACUGACUGUAUAUCGGCAUUUUAUGAAUACUCUUAUGUUUGCCGCCAUCGCAUCAGUAAUCUUCAUGAUCUGGAUCAUCGUUAUUUUGUGGCGCCCCUCGGUCAACAACCAACGCUAUGCGUUCACACCACUUCUGGAUGAUAGUGAGGACGAAAAUGAUCAAGAUGAAAUCUUCAAUGCGUCAGCUCCUGGAUUUGAAAUGCUGAAACAGCGCGAAUCUGGUAGCGGAGCAGAUAUGCGACGCCAGAAGGAGAAGGAGCGUGAAGACCAUAAAUUACAGGACGAUUUGCGAUGGAUUGAAGACCAUAUUCCGUCUUCGCUUGCCGAGCAUCUCAUUAUGGAUGAAGACGAAGACAAAGAAGCACGUGAUCUUGAAAUCAGCAAAAUGUUGUAG